AUGGUAAACCUCAGCGAUGUUAAGGGAAAUUCCCGCGACAAUCGAACUUCUACGCAUACACAUAUCAAAGGUCUUGGACUUCGAAAUGAUGGCUCUGCUGAGAAGCAAGCGGGUGGAUUUGUUGGCCAAACUUCAGCUCGAGAGGCUUGUGGUGUGGUUGUCGACUUAAUUCGUUCCAAAAAAAUGGCUGGCCGAGCUAUUUUACUUGCAGGAGGACCUGGGACAGGAAAGACAGCUCUCGCUCUAGCUAUCAGUCAAGAGCUUGGAACAAAAGUACCAUUCUGCCCCAUCGUCGCAAGCGAAGUAUACUCGACGGAAGUCAAGAAAACAGAGGCGCUCAUGGAAAACUUUCGACGAGCCAUUGGUCUGAAAGUUCGCGAAACGAAGGAGGUUUACGAGGGCGAGGUUACAGAAUUAACACCAGAGGAAGCUGAAAAUCCAUUGGGAAGCUAUGGAAAGACUAUCAGCACACUGUUGAUUGGAUUGAAGAGCGCCAAGGGCCAAAAGAAGUUAAGAUUGGAUCCAAGCAUCUACGAAGCUAUACAGAAAGAAAAAGUUACAGUUGGAGAUGUUAUUUAUAUCGAAGCCAAUACCGGAGCCUGUAAACGUGUUGGCAGAUCGGAUGCGUAUGCGACCGAAUUCGACCUGGAAGCGGAGGAGUAUGUGCCAAUACCAAAGGGAGAAGUUAACAAGAAGAAGGAGAUAGUACAGGACGUUACUUUACAUGAUCUCGAUAUUGCGAACUCCAGACCUCAAGGUGGACAAGACAUAAUGAGUAUGAUGGGCCAGUUGAUGAAACCAAAGAUGACAGAAAUUACGGAGAAAUUAAGAGCGGAAAUUAAUAAGGUGGUCAACAAAUACAUUGAUCAAGGAGUGGCAGAGCUUGUUCCAGGUGUGCUUUUUAUUGAUGAGGUUCACAUGCUCGAUCUCGAAUGCUUCACAUAUCUGAAUCGUGCUCUCGAAUCAACGAUUUCUCCAAUCGUAAUUCUCGCUUCCAACCGUGGCAUGUGUACCAUUCGCGGCAGUGAAGAUUUGAUCUCAGCACAUGGAAUUCCUUCUGAUCUUUUGGCUCGUCUUUUAAUCAUUCCUACAAAUGCUUACGAGGCGGAUGAAAUCAAGAGAAUUCUUCGUAUUCGAGUCACAGUUGAAGGUUUAGCCAUAACUGAAGCUGCAUUAGACAAACUCACAGAACAUGGUUCAAGAAUUAGUUUGAGAUAUGCAUUGCAGCUUCUCACACCAUCUAGUAUUUUAGCGCGAGUAAGCGGACGCAAUCAAAUUGAUGUCCAGGAUGUAGGGGAGUGCGAAGAUUUAUUCAUUGAUGCACGGAGGAGUGCAGCUAUUAUGAACGGUGAAGCUGGUAAUGGGUUCAUUUCAUAA